ACCACUCUUUACUCAAUCCACAAUCAUCUACACACAGAGCACAAAACUAGUUACUAUAGUAGAAGUAACCAAGAAAGAAAAAGAAGAAGAAGAAAAAAAUGACUAAAGAUGUUGAGGUUCAAGAACAAGGAGAAUACUCUGCUAAAGACUACCAGGAACCCCCUCCAGCGGCUUUGUUCGACGCAGAGGAGCUGACAAAGUGGUCUUUAUACAGAGCCGUCAUCGCUGAGUUCAUAGCUACCCUUCUCUUCCUCUAUAUCACCGUUUUGACCAUUAUUGGCUACAACAGCCAAACUGAUACCAAAAAGGGUGGCACCGAAUGUGAUGGUGUUGGCGUUUUGGGUAUCGCUUGGGCCUUUGGUGGCAUGAUUUUCAUCCUUGUUUACAGCACCGCCGGUAUUUCUGGAGGACACAUAAACCCGGCGGUGACAUUCGGAUUGUUCUUGGGACGCAAGGUUUCUUUGAUCAGGGCUUUGUUGUACAUGGUAGCACAGUGCGCUGGUGCAAUCUGCGGGGCUGGACUAGCCAAAGCCUUCCAAAAAGCAUAUUAUGACAGGUAUGGAGGUGGGGCCAACUUUGUUCAACCUGGCUACAACAAAGGUACCGCUUUGGGUGCUGAGAUUAUUGGUACUUUUGUUCUUGUCUACACUGUUUUCUCUGCCACUGAUCCUAAGAGGAACGCUAGAGAUUCACAUGUUCCUGUAUUAGCACCACUACCCAUUGGAUUUGCUGUGUUCAUGGUUCACUUGGCUACAAUCCCAGUUACUGGUACUGGAAUUAACCCAGCUAGGAGUUUCGGAGCAGCUGUAAUCUAUAACAAAGACAAAAUCUGGGAUGACCAUUGGAUUUUCUGGGUUGGACCAAUUGUUGGAGCUGCAGCAGCUGCAUUCUACCACGAAUACAUUCUUAGAGCAGCAGCCAUCAAAGCUCUUGGAUCUUUCAGGAGCAACGCUUAAUUAAGCUUGUGAAUAAUGUGUUUCAUGGAGGCUAAGGUGUUUUCUCAAAGAAUAAUAAUUGAAACUCCUAUGUUAUUGAUGAGUGCCAGUCUGUCUCUGCUGGUCCCUUUUUAGGCGUUUUCGUCUUUUCCUUUUCAGCUAUUGGGGGGGGUUUGGUGAAAAUGUCAAAACUAAGGAGCCAUGAAAUUGUAGAUAAGCAUGUUUGUGUCCGAGGGUGUAUUUUGUAACCCUUUUUCUGUCUUGUUAAUUUCCGUGUAUGUAUUCCUCAUCAUGUGUUUGCUUUUUUCUUUUCUAUCUCGUGCAUCCUUAGUCAUUUUUCAUUUUGUAAGUGGUAUAUUCAUCAUCUUCUGUUUCCAA